UCGGAUCUUGCAGCUGAAAUGGCUGCUGCCUUAGCUUCUGCAUCGAUUGUAUUCAAAGACAACAAGAAAUACUCUAAAAAGCUAGUUCAUGGUGCCGAGACUCUUUAUCAAUUCGCUCGGGAUAAAAGGGGUAGAUACAGUGCUGAUAUUACAGAUGCUUCGAUUUUCUAUAAUUCCACUAGUUACUGGGAUGAGUUCAUUUGGGGUGCAACGUGGUUAUUUUAUGCUACUGGUAACACUUCUUACCUUGAACGCGCUACAUCAUGAGUUCUAGCGAAACAUGCUGGUGCUUUCUCUGGUGGCCCUAGUUAUGGUUCUUCUGAGCAGGUUAAGAAUUUUCUUGAGUCCUGGGUACCCAUAUGAAGAUAUGUUGAGCACUUUCAACAAACAGACCGAUUUAAUCAUGUGUUCUUACUUACCUGUUUUCAGGAGCUUUAAACGAACUAAAGGAGGUUUGAUACAAUUAAACCAUGGAGCUCCUCAGCCACUUCAAUUUGUUGUCCAAGCUGCAUUUUUAGCAACCCUAUAUGCCGAUUAUCUUGAUGCUGCCGGUAUACCAGGAUGGUAUUGUGGACUUAAUUUCUACGCAACUCAAGUAAUGCAUGAUUUUGCCAAAACCCAGAUUGAUUAUAUCCUUGGAAAGAAUCCUCGCAAGAUGAGUUAUGUUGUUGGCUACGGACAGCGUUAUCCAAAAUAUGUUCACCACAGGGCCGCAUCAAUUCCUAAGAAAAAAAUUAAAUAUACUUGUGAAGGAGGAUGGAAAUGGAGGGAUACUAAGAAGCCAGACCCUAACACAAUCAUUGGAGCCAUGGUUGGUGGACCUGACAAGCAUGAUGGCUUUCGCGAUGUGCGUUCAAGCUACUAUUACACGGAGCCAACACUUGCAGGUAAUGCAGGUUUGGUUGCUGCACUGGUCGCUUUAUCAGGUAAAGGCAAAGCUGCGACUUCCAUUGACAUGAGCACG